UCAAACCUCUCCUGGAUUCGCUAUCGAUAGUAGUGCGUUAACGCCCUGGGCAAACGCUCUACCAAACCGCGGUACUUAUGUAUCAAUUUAUGAUUCCAUCCGAUGAGAAAUCUGGAGAAAGCAAAAGGAAGUGAAAAAAAGGUAAAAGAGAAAAUGACGCUCAAACGAGCAGAAUCUUAGCUGGAUGCACUACUCCCCACACUUCCCUUCCCCUCGAGGCCGCCUCCUUUUCUCUUGACGACACAGUAUUCCUCCACCACAACUGCCGCAGCUGCUGCCGUCAGGAGCUGAGAACUGAAUCCACAAUGCCCACCAUCACCACGAGCUCUUCGCUCUUCUUCAUUGUGUCUUUCUUGAUUCUAUCCUUCGCAUCGCUUCCCUUACCCUGCGCUUCAAAUCCCAGCCGUCGGAUCCUUCAUCGACCAUUCGUCCCUUUAGAUACUUUCCCUCCAUCUCAGCCUCCUUCCCCAUCCCCACCCACCACCACCACGCCGCCUAAGUUCCCUUAUUUUUCUUCUACUACCCCUCCCGGUGCUCCAUUUUUUCCGACCUACCCCUCCCCUCCUCCUCCUCCCUCUCCAAUCGCGUUUGCUUCUUUUCCAGCUAAUAUCUCCUCUCUCGUCCUUCCACAUUCCCCCAAACCUCAAUCCAAUUCUUCUAAGCUCCUCGCGGUCACCGCCGCCGCUGCAAUCUCUGCCGUCAUUGUUGUGGGGAUUAUUGUCUUUUGCUACUGCCGCCGGAGGUUUCAGAACCGUAAAUUUGCCGAUGAUGACAAGGCCUAUAGAUCAUCUGAUAAUAGUACUCGAAGGUACAGUACGAAUGCGGAGACCAGAAGUAUUGCUGCUCCAAAACUAAGAACCAAUUCAACGAGCUCCGAGUUUCUCUAUCUUGGUACUCUAGUCGACUCCACGGGAAUCAACGACAGCUCUAGUGGUGCCGUGGGUCCUCGGAAACUGGAUUCGCCGGAGCUCCUGCCUCUUCCGCCGUUGAAUAAGCAAGAUUUCAGGCAGAAUUGCCGGAGUGGAGAGGCUGGGUCCACUGCUGGGGACGAUGAGGAGGAGUUCUACUCGCCGAGAGACUCUCUCGGUGGCCGGGAUAGCUCGAGUGGGGCUGGAUCCGGGUCAAGGAGAGUUUUUGCGGACUUGGCCGGAGCUGAUUUUGGAAGGAGGAACAGCGAUUCGAGCUCUUGCUCGUGUUCCUCGUCCUCUACAGGGUCUCCAUCGCGCUCGAUUAGUAUUUCACCUCCGGUUAGCUUGAGCCCACAUCCUAAAUCGCCGGAAACCGUGGCGGUAGAGAGUCCUGCGCCACCUCCGCCACCGCCUCCCCCUACAUUUCAGCUAUAUCAUGGAAUAGCAUUUAGUGGCGAGAGAAGGUCUCCUUCGCUGUCUAUGGUUUCUUCUUCGCCAGAUAGAAGCCUUGGAGGGAAUAUACAUGCAUCAGGGAGACCAUCGGAUGUAUCAGACCAAAACGCAGGGUCCGAUUCAUCGGCGUCUCCUAUAUUGUCGAAGGUUUCAAAUCAAAAUGUGCGGUCUCCUUCACUGUCCCCAGCAAGAAUAGAUAAUGAAAUCAAUCGAAAUAUGCAGUCUCUCUCACUGUCGUCGGCUUCUACAUCACCAAACGGAAGUUGGGCUCCAUCGCCGAGAAAAUCCAAUGAUUUUGAUCCAAACGUUCCGUCUCCUUCACUCUCUUCAGCAUCUAGUUCUCCCGAUAGACGUUUGGAGAAAAGUCACAUCGCAAUUCCAAGAUUAUCAAACUCUUCACUCCCUUCAACUUCAUCUUCUUCAUCUUCGUCUUCUCCAGAGCCAGGUCUGAAGAAAAGCCCAGCCUUGAAUGUGAAAAUUAGCAGUGCCUUAGAGUUGACUAAUUCAGUAUUAACACCUCCACCACCGCCUCCUCCUCCUCCUCCGCCACCACAAAGAUCUUGGGAGUCUCCGGUUGAGCCAACACCAAUUGGCCAACCGAUCUUGAAGCCACCAUCUCUUAUACCACCUUCUAGGCCUUUUGUGUUGCAGAACACAAAUAAGAUUUCCUCAGGGGAGUUGCCACCAAGUUCUAAAACUGUGGAAAAUCUAGAGGAGACUCCCAAACCGAAGUUGAAGCCUUUGCAUUGGGACAAGGUGAGAGCGAGCUCUGAUCGUGAGAUGGUGUGGGAUCAGUUGAGAUCAAGCUCCUUCAAGUUGAAUGAGGAAAUGAUUGAAACAUUGUUUGUAAACAAUCCUACCUCCAAACCAAAUCAAAUGACCCCGAGAUCAGUUCUACCCUGUCCAAACCAAGAGAAUAGAGUCCUUGAUCCAAAAAAGUCGCAGAAUAUUGCAAUUUUGUUAAGAGCGAUUAACGUAACUGUUGAGGAAGUUUGCGAAGCCCUUUUCGAAGGUAAUGCAGACAUGCUUGGAAGUGAACUCCUUGAAAGUCUGUUGAGGAUGGCGCCGACCAAAGAAGAGGAACGCAAGUUGAAGGACUACAAAGAAGAUUCUCCAACCAAACUUGGACCAGCUGAGAAAUUCUUGAAGGCACUGCUUGAUAUACCUUUUGCAUUUAAAAGGGUGGAUGCAAUGCUUUUCAUAGCUAAUUUUGAAUCUGAGAUCGAGUACGUCAAAAAGUCUUUUGAAACACUUGAGGCUGCCUGUGAAGAAUUAAGAAGUACUAGGAUGUUCUUGAAGCUUCUGGAAGCUGUGCUUAAGACGGGGAACCGCAUGAAUGUGGGGACUAACCGCGGUGAUGCACAGGCCUUCAAGCUUGACACUCUCCAUAAGCUUGUUGAUGUCAAGGGUGCAGAUGGGAAAACCACACUCUUGCAUUUUGUUGUUCAAGAAAUUAUAAGAACUGAAGGUGCUCGUCUUUCCGGGACCAAUCCAACUCCAAGCUCUACACUGAGUGAAGAUGCCAAGUGUAGGAAGCUUGGCUUGCAGGUUGUUUCUGGUCUUAAGUCAGAGCUCACCAAUGUGAAGAAAGCAGCUGUUAUGGAUUCUGAUGCACUUAGCAGUGAAGUAUCCAAACUUUCUAGAGGCAUUGAGAAUAUCAAUCAACUUGUGCAGUUAAACGAAACCAUGGGGUUGAAUGAAAGCGGUAAGAAAUUUCUGGAGUCAAUGAGCAGAUUCUUGAAAAUGGCUGAGGAGGAGAUUCUAAGGAUUCAGGCCCAAGAAAGUGUUGCUCUGUCUCUAGUGAAGGAGAUUACAGAAUACUUCCAUGGUAACUCGGCAAAGGAAGAAGCGCACCCGUUCAGAAUCUUUCUGGUGGUAAGAGACUUCCUAACGAUUCUCGAUAGGGUCUGUAAAGAAGUUGGGAUGAUAAAUGAGAGAACAAUCAUUAGUUCUGCCCACAAAUUUCCAGUUGCAGUGAAUCCUAUGCACCCACAAGUUUUUCCAGUAAAUCCAACUCUCCCACAACCAUUUCCUGGAUACCAUGUAAGGGAGCAUUACAGUUCCUCUGAUGAUGAAAAUGCAGCUCCUUAGCAGCAAGUGUCUGUGAGUUGCACCAGGUUAGACUUCUUUGGUGCCUUUGGGGCCUGAUUCUGCCAAAACUGGUUAUAGCUGGUUUUAAGCUUGUAUGGGCUAGCCUGCCAUAUUAACGUAGUUUAUAUAUAUUUUCAAUUUCUUUUUGUAUAAAUCAUUGUAAAAGGAUUUGGAAUUUUGUAGUAUAGAUAAAUAUACAGGGAGAAAUCUUGUCAUGGAAGAAAGAAUAAGGCAAGUCUGCCAGAUUGUCGGGUUUGGACAUUUCA